CAGACUCCCGCGUCGGUCCCCUUUCUGUCUCUCGGUUCCUUGUUUCUCCCAAGUAAGGGAAUCAGCCGCAAGGACGGAGCGCUCGGGAACCGCGCAACCAAGUGUUGCUUGGUGAGGAAGAUCGAGGAUAUCUGAAUUGACCUUGACUACACAUAAGGAUGUCUCCUGAAGAAUAGCAGAAGUAGAUGCGUGUCUGCUGAGGUGCCCGCUGCUGCUACAGACACUUGAGUCUUCCCAGCCGUCUCCUGAAGGGCUUAUCCACUGCACACCUGCAAUGAACCAGGCCCUGGAUGGGGCCUUGGCUUCACCCUGCUGAGCAAACUUCAUCCCUGACCUUGAGGCGCUCACACCCAGUGUAAAGAUGAGUGAAGAUCUGUGGGUCUCCCUCACUCCAGAAGAAUUUGACCAACUCCAGAAAUAUUCAGAAUAUUCCUCCAAGAAGAUAAAGGAUGUCUUGGCUGAGUUUAAUCAGGGUGGGAGCCUCAAACAAUAUGACCCACAGGAGCCCAUUAGCUAUGAUGUCUUCAAGCUGUUCAUGAGGGCGUACCUGGAAGUGGACCUUCCUCAGCCGCUGAGCACACACCUCUUCCUGGCCUUCAGCCAGAAGCCCAGACACGAGUCCCCUGGCCAUCCAAAGCAGGGGACCAGCCGUAGUGAGGCCAACGGCCCAGAUUCUAAAACACAGAAUGCAGAGAAUGCGUCCAAAGCCGACGAGGCCUGUGCCCCUGACGUUGAAUCGAAGAUGGCCAAGAAGAAAGCAUCAGCUACAGUCCAAGAGGCUGCGAUCCCCCUGGGAGCCCCUGCUGCCCAGUGUUCACGUUCAGAAUCCCCCACGGUGUACUUGAAGGACGUCGUGUGUUACCUGUCCCUGUUGGAGACGGGAAGACCUCAGGAUAAGCUAGAGUUUGUAUUUCAUCUCUAUGAUUCCGAUGAGAAUGGCCUCCUGGACCAAGCGGAGAUGGAUCGCAUCGUCAACCAAAUGCUGCAUGUCGCCCGGUACCUGCAGUGGGACCCCACGGAGCUGAGGCCUAUAUUGAAGGAGAUGCUACAAGGAAUGGACUAUGACCAGGACGGCUUCGUGUCCCUCCAGGAGUGGGUCCACGGGGGGAUGACUACCAUCCCAUUGCUGGUCCUCCUGGGCAUGGAUGACUCCGGCUCCAAGGGGGAGGGGCGGCACGCCUGGACCCUGAAGCACUUCAAGAAGCCAACCUACUGCAACUUCUGCCACACCAUGCUCAUGGGGGUCCGGAAACAAGGCCUGUGCUGCGUUUACUGUAAAUACACCGUCCACGAACGCUGUGUAUCCAAAAACAUUCCAGGGUGUGUCAAAACGUACUCAAAAAUCAAAAGGGGCAGCGAGGUGAUGCAGCACGCGUGGGUGGAAGGGAACUCCUCCGUCAAGUGUGACCGGUGCCACAAAAGUAUCAAGUGCUACCAGAGUGUCACCGCGCGGCACUGCGUAUGGUGCCGGAUGACGUGUCACCGCAAGUGUGAGUUGUCCACACUGUGCGACGGCGGGGAGCUGAGAGACCAUAUUUUGCUGCCUACCUCCAUAUGCCCCAUCACCCGGGACAGGCAAGGUGGAAACCCUGAUGGCAGCGGGUCAGCCAAAGGGGACCUUGUCAUGCAGUAUAAGAUCAUCCCCACCCCGGGUACCCACCCGCUGUUGGUCUUGGUGAACCCCAAGAGUGGAGGGAGACAGGGAGAAAGAAUUCUUCGGAAAUUCCACUAUCUGCUCAACCCCAAACAAGUUUUCAACCUGGACAAUGGGGGGCCUACUCCAGGACUGAACUUUUUCCGGGAUACUCCAGACUUCCGGGUUUUGGCCUGUGGAGGGGAUGGGACAGUUGGCUGGAUUUUGGACUGCAUCGACAAAGCCAACUUUGCAAAGCACCCUCCAGUGGCCGUCCUGCCUCUUGGAACAGGGAAUGAUCUUGCCCGCUGUCUGCGCUGGGGAGGAGGCUAUGAAGGGGGCAGCUUGACGAAAAUCCUCAAGGACAUUGAGCAGAGCCCUUUGGUGAUGCUGGACCGCUGGCACUUGGAAGUCAUCCCCAGAGAGGAGGUGGAGAACGGAGACCAGGUCCCAUACAGCAUCAUGAACAACUACUUCUCCAUUGGCGUGGAUGCGUCCAUCGCACACAGAUUCCACAUGAUGAGAGAGAAACACCCGGAGAAGUUCAACAGCAGGAUGAAGAACAAGCUGUGGUACUUUGAAUUUGGCACCUCAGAGACGUUUGCAGCCACCUGCAAGAAACUCCACGACCACAUCGAGUUGGAGUGUGACGGGGUUGGGGUGGACCUGAGCAACAUCUUCCUUGAAGGCAUUGCCAUUCUCAACAUUCCCAGCAUGUACGGAGGCACCAACCUCUGGGGAGAAACCAAGAAGAACCGGGCUGUGAUCCGGGAAAGCAGGAAGGGUGUCACUGACCCCAAGGAACUGAAAUUCUGCGUCCAAGACCUCAGUGACCAACUCCUGGAAGUGGUGGGGCUGGAGGGAGCCAUGGAGAUGGGGCAGAUCUACACCGGCCUGAAGAGUGCCGGCAGGAGGCUUGCCCAGUGCUCCUCUGUCAUUAUCAGGACUAACAAGCUACUGCCGAUGCAGGUGGAUGGAGAGCCCUGGAUGCAGCCGUGUUGCACGAUAAAAAUUACUCACAAGAACCAAGCGCCCAUGAUGAUGGGGCCUCCCCAGAAGAGCAGCUUCUUUUCCCUGAGGAGGAAGAAUCGUUCCAAAGACUAACCAGUGUGCCGGCCACACCGAGAGAGAACAAGAAACUGUUCCUGCACACUCACACGCACACACACACGCACACACACACACUUGCACACACACUCUUCUCCAACCAAUGGAAGCAAAGCCACCCGUCAGGAAGAAAACCUCACCUUGCCAUGCAUUCUUUCUACUUCAAGAACUGCUACACCCUAAUAGAGCCAGCGCCAACCAAACAUUUCGAACGGACUUAGGGCCCACCAGAGUGUAGUUGGCUCGUGCCGCCACCUCCUCAUUCCCAGGCCUUGAACAGGGCUUUCUGAGACUGGAGGAGCAAGCCCCCUUGCUUUCCAUCUGCCCUGCAAGUUUUCUCGUAGACGCACAAGAAGAGUAGGCUGCAGGUUUCCUGCCUCUGGUGAGAUCGGAUGUGGCC